CGGGAGCAGAGCCCCAGCGGUGCUCAGGUGAGCCGUGCUCGCCCCUCCUCCUGCUCUUGGCACAGACCUCCAGAACAGAUGCUGUUUGAAAGAAUGGAAUACUGGUCACAAUGUGGAUGCAGGGAGACCAGCCAGGAGGCUGAUAGAAUAAUCCAGGAGAAAGAUGAUGGUGGCUUGGCUCAAAGUGGUGGCUUUGGAAACAGAAGUUUUUUGAGAUCAAGUUACAUAAGAAGGGUACCUUAGAUGAUCUCAGAAAGGGGGACACGAUGACUAUGAUGGCUCACCAGUCCUCUUCUUGGAUCUUCGUCAAUGACAGAACAUUCCUUACUGGGGAACAACUUAAUUCUUUAUUGAAGACCUAUAACAUUUUUUAUGAGAACCAGGAAAAUCUGCAUAUUUCCUAUGGACAGACUGAAGAUGAUACACUAAUUGUUGAAGGAAUGUUGGACAUUUGCUGGGGAGUAAAACGGCCUAUACAGCUGAAAAUACAAGAUGAGAAACAAAUCCCUUCUUUUACUAUGAAGUCACCAGAUGGCUUUUCCAAAAUGGGAAUGACACGCUGGGGAGAAUUUGAUGAUCUUCAUAAUAUUAGUGAACUGGACAAGACCCAGAUUCCAGUGCCUGAAUCAAUGAAUCCCCAGGAAGAUUAUUUAUCUUAUCACAGCAGCACUCUGAAGCCUCUUGAAGAUGAAGAGCCAAAACCUCCAUUGCUCUAUAGAACCAUGAGUGAAGCAGCUCUGGUGAGAAAAAGGACGAAGCCUCCAAUGAUGGACAGAAAAGACAGACAGAGACAUAGAGCCUCUAUUAACGGGCACUUUUACAACCAUGAAACAUCCAUUUUCACUCCAGCCUUUGGAUCAGAAACUAAGGUCAGAGUAAACAGUAACAUGAACACUGAAGAAGUAAUAAAGCAACUUCUUCAGAAAUUCAAGAUUGAAAACAGUGCCCAGGAUUUUGCGCUUUACAUUCUUUUUGCAACAGGAGAAAGGAGACGGCUAAAGAAGACAGACAUUCCACUACUGCAUCGACUCCUUCAAGGACCUUCCAAAGAGAACGCUCGCAUUUUCCUCAUGGAUAAAGAUACCGAGGAAAUUAGCAGUGAUGUGGCUCAGUACAUUAACUUUCAUUUUUCCCUCCUGGAAUCUAUCCUUCAAAGAUUAAAUGAGGAAGAAACAAGAGAGAUUCAAAGAAUAACAACAAAGUUCAGUACAGAAAAGGCUAUUAUACAGAAAUAUCUUCAAAGGAAACAGGUAGUAAAAACAGAGACGACAGUUUAGUAGUACAGGCCACUCUUGCUAAAAAACUUCAACAAAAUCAGAGGGAUGUUAUUGUAUGAGUGCCCACAUCCUGUACUUGCAUUCAUACAAAUAUAUAUGAACUUGAGUCUGCAGAAGACUGAAUAUUGAAAAAGCUUGUCUCUCUUCAAGAUGACGAGGUUAACUCGGAUUCACAGUUGGACUGAGAUGAGCUUGAAUUUAGUUUCAGUAACUGAAAUAAGCUUGGAUACUGUGUAUUCCAAAUAGUCUUUAUAGUGAAACACUCAAUGAACUGGAAUUUAAAUGGUGUCUUCAAUAUGAUACAGUUUAAACAUCUCUUAGCCUGAACUGUCAAGAGAACUGGAAUAUCAACCAUCAACUCUCAGAAAUGAUUCAGAAGUAAAAGCUGCCAGCUCUUGAAAUAAAACAGAAGCAUAUUCUUACCCCACCAAGAAAUCUGAUCGUAACAGUGUCUUAUAGCUCUUUGAAAAUUCUAGUAUUUUCAUAAAGUCCAGGGCUGUCUUUAUGUAGUAGGUGACUUUUGGCUAUCUGUAAUGUCAAAACUAUUGGUCCUUUGGGAAGGAAAAGCCUGUGCACUCUGUUAAGAAAUCCAAAUUGUAAUUUUCUCAAUCUGAGCCUUCCCCCUUUUUUGCUCUGUUUUACUGAUGACUUUCAAAAAUAUUCUCAAAGGUUUUUUUAGGUCAGUUAAACUAGUUUAUUUUUCCAAACAUACAUACCACGGAGACUUAACAUUUAAUCAGCUAUUAAGCCCAGACUUGGUCUGCAAUAACCAUUGUUAGUGAAUGAGUACAAAGGACAAUGCGGACCUAUUGCAGCUGAAGCUGGGCAAGGGCUCUAGAGUGCUGCUCUUUUUCUUCAAGACGUCUUAUUCUAUAAAACAAUGCUUGAGGUAUUUACAAGUUGGUAAACCAAUUUGAAAAAAAAAAAAUCUGAGAAUGCCGCAAGUCUCAUUUGUGAUUUUAUUUAUGAACUCUGUGUUAAAUGGAGUUGUAUGCAGCUUGCUUCCAUUCUGUGAACUACUUCUAUUUGCAUUUUUCAUACACUUGUGUUAAACUGUUUGAAUACAUUACAUGUCCUCUGGGAUAUGGCUGUCUAUACUAAACCCAGUUGGUUUAUGAAACAUUUUCAAAACAAAAGUGUUACUUCUCAGUGUCACCAAAACCUAAACUGGAUGAGAGGAAAAGUGGACCUAGUCAGUCCCAGUAAGUCUGUUUUAUUGUGUAAAACAGAGGCUUGCCUCUUUGUCCUUUCACCUGUCAGUUAGUAAGAGGAUAGGCAAAUAUGACAGUUAAAAUUCAGUGAUGCUACUUAAAAAAAAAACUUAAAGUAGCAUCAAGCACCUUCCAUAAACAUGACAAAAGAUUUAUCUUUAAUCUAUUGAAAGUGCACAGAAUGCAUAAAAAAAAUACCAAGUGUUUGAUAGAAAAAAAAAAAGGCAGAUAACAUGAAAAGUAAAAAGCACAGAAGAGGAAAUGCAAGUGGCUACUAAGUAUAUGAAAAAAGUUGUAUCUUAACAGUGACCAGCUGUAUUAGUCUGUGUCCAAUCAGGAGACAGAAGCCACAUAAUAAUUUAAACAGGGGGUAUUUUAAUACAAAGAAUUAUUAAGUUAUGAUAGGAGAGUAACCAAAAGGUGGAAGGAGAGCCCAAAGGUCAGCCUAGUGCUGAAGAAGAGUGCUCCCAAAAGGAAAAGCUUGGAAGGGGUUCAGAAUUCACUGGAGAAGGUGGGGUUGCAUUCCAUUUCAAGAAGGAGAAGUUGGCUGGCUGCGAACACCAGAGCAGGGCCACAGCCUUAGGGCAAGCAGGAACAGCCUUUGUGAAGCAGGCCACCUGGGGCAGGGGGGCAGGUAUGCAGAGAGCCUUGGUUGGGACUUGGGCUCAGAUCACAUAGGGUCUGUGACGGAAGGUGCCAAGGAAAUGGUUUGAAGGAACAGGAAAGCCAAGACUCCAAGGUACGCACAGAGAAAGAGAGGUGCUGGUGGAAUUGAGAGCUGGAGGAGCCUCCUUUGGAGGAACCCACUACAACUCUGUGUAUAACUUGGUUCUGCAGCAUCUUUCAGGCUGCAUGGAACAAAGGUUGGGCAAGUGGCUCACUAGAUGGCCAGCCCCACAGGGCCCUCUGGGGGAGCAUGUACCAACUUGAGGAGAAGGUGCAGAGAACAAUGAUUUGAGCUAGUCACAGGCCUGCAUUGAGACUCCAGGCUACGCCACCACAAACCCAAUCAAAAAAUUGGAAAAGACGUUGGAGAAAUAAAUGCUAGGGAAAGCUGCACCCUACUGUCAACUAGCACUGCAGAAACCACUCUGGGCAGAGAAAUGGAAAGAAAAAAGUGAGCAUUCUAAGAGCCUGGCCAGUCAGCUCAAAGCAAUCAGGAAAGACCAACUUCCUUCUGUUGAUGUACUAUGUCUCUCCAGUGCCCUCUGCUGACGAGUCAUGGCCUGCAAGCUGCAAAGAAAAUAUAUUUAAAGGACACACCUCCAUUUCACAAAGCUGACACAAAGAAUGAAUUUGGAGCAGAGAGGCAAUAAAAUAACUGGCCUGCCAACAAAACACAAAGUAAAGAAAAGUGAAAUAUACUUUUUGGUCUAUUAAAUUAGUGAAGAUUAAGAAAUGAUAAUAUUAAAUACUCAACAAAUUACAAGAUGGGCUUUCAAGCUACUGAUAGAAAUACAAAUGUACAGAAUUUUUCAAAAACAAUUUAGCAGUAAGUUUAUAUUAUAAUUCUGCUUUUAGAAUCUCAUAUUGAAAUAAUCAGACAUACAAAGACAUUAAGCAAAUAUACUUACUAUGUUCCUAUUUAUUGUUGUUAAAGGAAGUAAAUAGCCUAAAUGUCAAAAAUAGAAAAAAAAGGAUGACAGAAGAAAAGAAAUAUUUACCUAUGGAAUGUUAUGCAGGUAAUAGAAUUGUUUUCAAAUAAAUUUUAAUUAGGGCAAUAAAUUCUCCUUAUGUAUCUAAAUAAGACUAUACAUAAAAAUGUUCCAAAAUAUUUACUAUCCAUAAAAUAUCUGUUUAUAUGUGUAUGAACACUAAUAUUUGUACAUAUAACUCAAAAACCAAAAAAAUGUUAAAUGUGGUUAUGUCUGGAUUAUAGAAUUAUGGAUUGUUCAUGCUUAUAUUUUUCUAUGCGUAUUAAAUAGUCUAUAGUGAACAUGUGUUACUUUUAAAUCAGGAAAUGGGAAAGCUAAGAUUAAAAAGUUACCAAAAAAAGUAGCAAGAAUAUGCAAACAGUUCUGCUAUAUGCAAAAAAGUUCAAAUACAUUAUUUAAAUGAAACAUUAACAUCACUCCAGUGGUAGUUUUAAAAUACAUCCAUAGUGUCUUCAAUAUUCCUCCUUUUGGGAGGACUAACCUAAUCUUCCUCAUCUUGAAAAUGGAUGGACUUAGUGACUCAGUUCUAAUGAAGAGAGGAAAGUGGAAGUGACAGCAUCUAACAUUGGAUACUAGGUCAGGAAGUCACUGUGGCAUCCUCCUUGCUCACUCUCACAGAUCACUGGCUCUGGGCGGAGCCCACUGCCCUGUUCAGAGCAGCCCUGGGGAAGGGCCUACAUGAUGAGAACAGAGACCUCAUCAUUUUGUCAGAGACCUUCUGUCAAAAGCCAACAAGGAAGUGAGGCCUUCCCUCCACAGCCCUAUGAGUGGGCCACGUGAUAGCCCUAGUCAAGACUUCAGAUGAUGACAUCUUUGUCUAAUAGCUAUAACAUCAUGAGAUACCCUGAUCCAGAAACCCCAGCUAAACCCCUCCUGGUUUCCUGAUCCCCAGAAACUGUGUGAGAUAGGAAAUAUGUGUUGUAGUACACUGCUAAAUUUUAUAAUAAUUUGGUGCUUCAAGAUAGAAAAUUAAUACAAUUUCUGAUACAAAA